UUGCGGGUAAAGAGUCGACACACACAAUUACACUUUGACUGAACUCGGAAUACACAACUCAAUGAGUCACCACGAGUUCCAUCAUCGCCGACGUAAUCGAUCUGAAAUCGAUCGCAAAAAGCUCGUCUUCAAGCAAAUCGCACCGUCGAUUGCCGGAAAAUCAUGUCCGAUAUGCUUGAACCACAUCGAUUAUCGAAGGGCAGCUGUAAUUACAGCAUGUACGCACGCUUAUUGUAUCGAUUGUAUUGACAAAUGGAGAAAAUUGAAACGAAAGUGUCCUCUUUGUAACGCGCAAUUCGAUUCGUGGUUCUUUAGGUUUAGCUUCUCUUCUCGGAGCUUCUCUAUACAAAAGUUACCGCCUUUAGUUGCUGAGGAAAAAAGAAUUGAUGGUGGAGAUUUGCUUCGAGUUCGUAGUAAUCGAUUUGUCGCUGGAAGAGUUGUGAGCUCAAGGGAAGACUUGGAUAUUGGCAAUUCAAGAACAAGGCCAUUGCCGAGACUUAGAUCAUUUGGAAACCCAAGGACCGCACCUCCUGACAUUAUUAAAGAGAGAAUUCUGCAAUGGCGCAGAAGCAUAUACGAGCAGCAUCUCCAGGCUGUGCCUUGUUUAAACAAAAAACUUCAGGAGCAGGACAUAAUAAAAAAACAAGGGGUCAAAGAGAGGAUACUACAGAAAAUAGAGCCAUGGAUAGAGAGGGAACUAAAGGCAAUCAUCAGUGAUCCUGAUCCAUCAAUACUUGUGCAUGUCACUACCUCAAUAUACAUUUCAGCCAUUGAAAGAAAGCAAAACCAUCAGGGCACUUUGGUCGGGAUCUUAGAGGAUAAUUAUCUUGAGGCGUUGCAGCCUUUUCUGCUUGAGAGGACUAGUAUGUUCUGGCAUGAACUUAGGUGUUUUGCAGAAAGCUAUGUGAACAUGGAUACUUAUGAUACUGUAGUUAGGUAUGUUGCCCGUGUGGAUUAAGUCCAUAUAUGGUGUGCUAGAGAACAGAACUCUACAUUAAUGAAGAC